GGCGCGGUGGCUGUCUGGCCACGUCCCCGGGCCACGUCGCUCGGUGCCCGCUGAGCUUGCGCCAUCUUCGCUCCCCGGCUCCGGGCUGCGCUGCUGCCUCUGCCGCCGCCAUGAACAUCUUCCGUCUCACCGGGGACUUGUCCCACCUGGCGGCUAUCAUCAUCUUGCUGCUCAAAAUCUGGAAGAGCCGCUCCUGCGCGGGUAUUUCUGGGAAAAGCCAGCUUCUGUUUGCAGUGGUCUUCACUACCCGUUAUCUGGACCUCUUCACUUCAUUCAUUUCAUUGUAUAACACAUCUAUGAAGCUUAUCUACAUUGCUUGCUCGUAUGCCACUGUGUACCUGAUCUACAUGAAAUUUAAGGCCACCUAUGAUGGAAACCAUGACACAUUCAGAGUGGAGUUUCUGAUAGUUCCUGUUGGUGGACUCUCAUUUCUUGUCAAUCAUGACUUCUCUCCCCUGGAGAUACUGUGGACCUUCUCCAUCUAUCUUGAAUCGGUUGCUAUUCUCCCUCAACUUUUUAUGAUCAGCAAAACUGGGGAAGCAGAGACCAUCACUACUCACUAUCUUUUCUUUUUGGGUCUGUACCGUGCCUUGUACUUAGUCAACUGGAUUUGGCGCUACUAUUUUGAGGGAUUUUUUGACCUCAUAGCUGUCGUUGCUGGUGUGGUCCAGACUGUUCUUUACUGUGACUUCUUCUAUUUGUAUGUUACAAAAGUACUCAAGGGAAAGAAGCUCAGUUUGCCAGCGUAAGUGCCAAAAAAAACCAUCACCAGCAUCUGUCCUUUGGGAUGCUUGGACAGAACAAUCCUUAUCACAAGCAAAGGCGAAGAUGCUUGAGACAGAAAGUCAGAAACACAGCUCUUUAUAGCGCAGGUAGUCAUCAGCGGCUCUGUAAGAACGGAGGAAAAACAACCAGCAGAUUUCUGUUUGAUGCAUCUUGCCUUUAUCUUUUUUAUUACUAUGUAUAAAGAUUUUUUACAUGAAAGAAACUUAUACUGUAUUAAUAAAUUCAGUGUAUGGUUUCAAUUGGAAUAGUUCCAAAAGUGAGAUUUUUGUGAGAUUGUUUAUGACCAGGAACAAGUGCAAACUUUUUGGUUUUUUUAUUUUAUUUUCAAGAAUUUCUUUGAAAUGACUGAUAUUUUUUUUUUUUCCAAGUGCACAGAUAUGUGCAUCCUUGAUGGAUGGUAGUCAUCUGUUCUUUCCCUUUUUUUUUU